UAUUGGAAUGAUUUCAUAAUCCACUUCCUGGUCUAGAGGACACAAGAACAAUGGCUGCGGGGAGUGUUCCUUCAGAGAUCAUAGAAAGGGAACGAAAAAGGUUACUUGAAAUCCUCCAAAAAGAUUCCGAUUCUGUCUUAGAUACAUUAACCUCUCGGAGGCUGAUUUCUGAGGAAGAGUAUGAGACUCUGGAGAAUAUUACAGAUCCUCUGAAGAAAAGUCGAAAGUUGUUAAUUUUGGUACAGAAAAAGGGAGAGGUGAGCUGUCAGCAUUUUCUCAAAUGUUUACUUAGUACUUUUCCAGAGUCAGCUACCAUUUGGGGCUUACAGCAUGAAUUUUUAAAGCAUGAGAAUAUAGAAUGUACUCAAUCUAUAAGUGCAAGCAAGAAUUCAGAAAACACUUUUUCCUCUAGAGAGAAACAGCCUGAGAGUCCUGAGAUCACAGUGUCCUUUACAGAGAAAGAACACCAUGAUAUGGGAACCUCUGAGUCCUUCAGGGACAAGAAGACUAGUCAUAAAGGAACUGCUUGGGCCUCCAGGGAAAAUGAAAAGGAAGACAACACACCCAAAGUCACAUCGCCUGAAUAUGAGAACACUGAAUAUGAAAUUCCAGCAACUAUUGCUUAUUUACAGGAUGGACAGAACACUGAAUAUGAAAUUUCCAGCAAACCUGAAUAUGAAAUUCCAACAACUAUUGCUUAUUUACAGGAUGGACAGAGAUACGAGGAGCCAGAUGAUUCUUUAUACUUAGGAAAAGAGGAAUAUCUAGAAUCUGCUGAAUACUUUGAAGAUGCAGAACCCACUGUGGAAGAAGAGGAUUAUAAUGACUCAGAGCACAGUGUUUAUGAUGGCGAGGAGGAUACUGCAUAUUCAGAAACCGCACACUUCUCAGAUGAAGAACAGAGCUAUGAAGAUUCAGAAACUGGCAUGUUAUUGGAGGAAGAGGGGGAGGAGGCAGAGGAGGAGGAGAAAAGGAUUGAAGAAAGAAAAAAAGUGUUUAAAGAUGUCCUGUCAUGUUUGAACAUGGACAGGAGCAGAAAGCUUUUGCCAGAUGUUGUUAAACAAUUCUCCUUAGAUCGAGGAUGUAUGUGGACACCUGAGACUCCAGGGGACUUAGCCUGGAAUUUCCUGAUGAAAGUUCAAGCUCUGGAUGUGACAGCCAGAGAUGCAAUCCUCAGACACAAGUUUCCGGGUGAGGAUGGCAAAGAGGAAUUGCUGGCUGGAAUAGAGAAUUUGGAAGUUAGAGACAUACAAACCAUUAAUCCAUUGGAUGUUCUUUGUGCCUCUAUGCUCUGCUCAGACAGCUCUUUGCAGCGUGAAGUCAUGUCAAACAUGUACCAGUGCCAGUUUGCUCUUCCCCUGCUCCUGCCAGAUGCAGAAAACAACAAAAGCAUCUUAAUGCUAGGAGCCAUGAAGGACAUUGUGAAAAAGUGGUCAACACAGUCUUCAGGAGGGCCUACAGGGGACACAGAAAAGUUUCUGAAGACGCCUGUCCUCUCCUUUGUGCGCCUAGGACACUGUAACUUCUCCAAGUCCAGAAUCCUCAACAGACUGCUUGAUCCUGCCCAACUGAAAUCACACAAAAUCUUUUUCCAUCAGGAUUUUACUGUCCCAGUGCUUCCCCGACAAAUCUCUGAUGGCCUGGUUGAGAUAAUGUGGCAUUUUCCGGAUAGCAAUGGUCCAAAGAAAGACCUCAGUUUUUUCCAAAAGCCUGUUGCUCUGGCCAAUCUUCGUGGAGACCUAGAAAGUUUUUGGACACAGUUUGGUUUUUUGGUGGAAGUUUCCUCAGCUGUGUUUUUUUUCACUGACUACCUAGGUGAGAAGGAAUGGGACUUGCUAAUGUUUUUAGGAGAAGCUGCCACUGAAAGAUUCUACUUUGUUCUCAGUCCCCAAGCCCAGGAGAGUGAAGAGGUUCAGCUUUUCCAGAGGGUUCUAAAUUUGAAGCCAUCACAGCUACUCUUUUGGGAGGGGGAGGAAGCUGGAGAGAGAGGAAAGAAUAUGGAGCAUCUUCAAACUGCUCUGCAAGAAGUGACGUCAUCUUCACUCAGAUGUGUGUCCAUGGAGGACAUGGGCUCCCUGGCCAGGGAGUUGGGAAUCCAGGUAGACCAAGACUUUGAGAACGUUCAGGUAAUUCAUAGUUGCCCUAGUGAAAACUUGGCUAGAACAGCUAGAGAUGAGAGACAACAAAGACACAGUCAACCAGAAAGCUCACCUGAAGCUCCAACUGAGAUGCCUGUAAGAGAGCCUGGGGCUAGCUGGAAUCCUCAGAAUUUCCACCAUACCCCAGUAUUCUUGCCUCAUCUGGAAAAUUCCUGUCCUUUACCAACCAGAAUUGGAGGUAACUUUAACCAUGUUCCUUUGAAAGCCCCCUGGGUUAUGGGCUUCCACUUUGGGUCAGAGCAGAGGUCUAAGUGGUUCCGUCCCUGGCCCUUUCAGAAAAUGAGGGACCGUGGUCGAGGUGAAGGUUUUAGAUUUCAGUACUUCCAACCCCAGAGGUUUUAUUCACCCGAAAGAUUUAUGAAAUUUUCAAGAACGGCUUGGAGACAUCACAUGAAUACAUUUGGGAGACCACUAAGACCUAUGUUUCAGCAUGUACAGGCCUGGCCUAAGAGACCACAGACAAUGGGAGCUCUUGAAAGAUCUGGGGCAGUGGUCUCCCAUGUAGGGCACUUCCAUUCCCUGGGUGUACAGCUAGUGGGAACAGUUGGGAAGCCACAGCUUAAGCAUGCCUACGUCCAGAGGACACAACCAACUAGGGCAACUGGGAAACUUAUGAAAACAAUAUCCCCAAAUGAAGGUCUUUACCCUCAGGCCUCUCAACCAGCAGGAGUCAUACAAAAGCCUUUAAGAUCUGCUUCUCAGCAAGGAGCCAAACUGAAGACACAGGAUGGACCUUCAAAUCCAGCUUUCCAAAUGGGAUCCUAUCCCAAGUCCAAUAGCAAAUGUUUACCCAGCUCUCAGUUCCCAUCCAACCAGCCCAAGCCAUCCCAAGUCAAGCAAUCCCAAUCUAUGCCCUCUCAACCCAAACCCACUCAAGCAAAACCCACUCAGUACCGGCCUUCCCAAGCUAAACCCUCCCAGCCCAGACCCACUCAGCCCCACCCCUUCCAACCCAAACCCACUCAAACAAAACCCACUCAGCCCCAGCCCUCACAAGCUAAACCCUCUCAGCCCAGACCCACUCAGCCAAAGCCCUCCCAACCCAAACCCACUCAGCCCCAACCUUCACAAGCUAAACCUCCUCAGCCCAGACCCACUCAGCCCAAACCAUGCCCACCCAAGCCCUCCCAAUCUAAACCUUCUCAGCCCAGACCGACUCAACCCAAGUCAUGUAGGACCAGUCCUUCACAGGCUAAGACAUAUAAUCCAAGGGCAGGAAAACGUUAGUUUUCAUAGUUGUUUCUAGAGAACUAUGAGACAAAUCCUUCACCCCAGCCAUUGCUAUCAUACAUUAACCUAAAGAAGAAAGGCAGUGAUGAUAAGAGAUUAUCAUCAUUAGCAUGACACAGAAAAAAAAAAAAGAUAUGCACAGCCUAACUGGUAUCAUUAAAAUAUCUGUAAGAAUUGUGUUCACCAAAAGGAAAAAUAUGAAAAGAAUUGAGAAUAGAAUCAAGCAGUAAAUAAAUUAACUGAAUCCAACCUUGAGUAUUAGGUAGUAUAUAACCUGAAUUCGAGGAAUGGGGCUGUUGAGAUUACUCCAUAAAAUAAGGCUCACGCAUCUUCAGUGUUGCAAGAAAAACUAGAUGUUGGCUACUCCAGAAGUAUCUUGGUCAAAACUUUUUGGUUCAGUAUCAGCCACCAAGCAGAUAAUCUUGUUUGUUUGGGAUGUUUAAAUCAUUUUUACUUCUGAUGACAGCUCCAAUUUGCUUGGAUAAUGUAACUCAUUUGGCCUUUACAUGCAGAAAUAAUGAGCUAAAAACCAAUGAAAUAAAUGAUUUUGCACUAA